AUCAGAUCUCAUUGUAAUUAUUUUACAUUGUUAGAAUAUGGACAACUCCAACCCAGAACCUCACGAUCAGCAUGAUGAUCAUGAAGAACAAAGGAAGAAGAAGCAAGAGUUCAUUCAGAAGGAAAUCCUUGAUAAACGGUAUGACCGGAUUGAUUUUGCCUCGUAUAUGUAUGAAUGUAAGGAAGAUGGCACUAAUAUUGACAACUGGAAGCUUGAAGAGUUGAUGGAUAUUGUACAGGAUUUUAAAGGCAUACAUAAACCUCUUGAGAAUAGUCAAGAGCUUGAACAUAGUCAAGAGCUUGAGCCACUCGAAAUCCAGGAAGACCAAGAUUAUAUGCCUGAAGAGCCAAGCUCACCUGAAAUGCCUGAAGUAGAGCCAGUCAUUAAGCAAACAAAGAAGGAGAUUAGCGAACUCUCAUAUUUCAAAAAGAGUGAACUCAAAGUAUGAGUGUAUGACGGACUUAUCAAGAAAGGAGGGUUCCUCCAAUUUUCAUUUAUCUCAUACAAAGUGACUUUAGAACCCUUAGAAUAUUUUGUCAGGAGAAGGGAGGAAGAUUUCCAGGCAUUACGUAAAUACCUUGUCAAGAAGUACCCUUCACAAGUUAUCCCACCUCUGAUCAUCCCAUCCACGAAGAAGAAGGAAGAUGAGAUUCUGAAGAAGGAAAAAUAUUUUACUAAAUUCCUGACGAAUGUUAUCAGAAACAGAAACCUCAGAGGCUGAAUGUUUCUUCAAGAGUUCCUCACUAUCAGAGAUGACAAAGAGUUCAAGGCCCAGAAGAAGUUACGAGAAAAGGAGAAAGAACCGACACUUUUAUCACAGCAGUUUACAGCAACUGGAGAGGUAGAUGCCACACCUCAAAAGGAUGUGUGGAAGUUCUCCAGCAAAAUGCCUGAGUUCAUCAACAAUUACACUGCAAUUAACAAGAACAUUCAGGAGGCUAGCUUAGCCUUCUCUGAAAAGACAGCUGAAUUGGCUGACAUCGUCUAUGAUCUGAGCAAGUAUUAUGAGGGACUAGGAAUAAUGUAUAACAACAUGGAGAUAAAGAAUAUGUAUCAGAUUCACAAGUUCAUGAGUGAUGUCAUGACGUGCUGGGGAGACACCUACACAGAGCAAAGUAUUUUAAUGCGGACCCAAUUUUCCAAAUUCUUUACCUACCACUGUCAUGAAGCUGGCCCAAUGAGAGAUCUUCUGAAGAAAAGACUGAAUUAUAAAGAAGACUAUGCUAGAGCCGAGAUCAGACUUAAUGAGAAGAAAGAAAGGCUUUUUAAAUCCCAAGAUUUUGAAAAGUGGCAACUUGAUAGUGAAGGAAUUGCAAAACUUGCUCAGCUCAAGACUAAUGAGGAGAUGGCAAAGAAGCACAUGCUCUCAAAAGAGACUAAGGCUGUUGACGAGAAAAGAAACUUGCUUCACUACUUCAGUAACCAAGUAAAAGAGCAAACAACAGAUAUAAUGGAUAACAACUACACUGACUUAUGAGUUCAUCUCAUCGAUUAUGCUUGCGAUCAGAAGAAGAUAUAUUCAAAAGGGAUUGGCAACUGGAACGCUCUUUUUGAACACUUCAAUGGCUUAGACCUAGAUAUCUAUGACGAUGAAGCUGAGCCAAAAGAUGCUCCAGCCAAAAAUCAGAGCCAAGAUGAAAAAUCAGAAUCUCCAAAGAAGACCAAAGAGCUUAAAAUAGACCCUUACAUAGAGGAAGAAAAGAAUGAUGAAAGUUAUAGCGAAGAAGGCCAUCCUAACCAAGAUCAUCAUGACCAGAGCUUGGAGAAAAGUGGGGAAUUAGAAGGUAUUGAUCAUCCAUCUCUGGCAAAGCCAGAUUUGAAACAGCCAAAGCCAAGUAAAGAUAUUGCAGCACCCAAAAAGGAGGCUGAUGAUGGCAAAGGAGUUGACAUAGAGGAUGAGUAUGACAUGGCGAACCCAUUCGAUGAAUAAUUCUGCACAAUAAUCCUAACCUAUGA